AUGAACAACGGCGUCGAACAGUCCGAAGAGGAUCGUCUGUCAAAUCGUGCCUGCGACCCAUGCCGUCGCAUGAAGACGCGAUGCAUCGGUAAGGAGAAUCCACCAUGCAACCGCUGCCAGGCUCUUGGUCGAGAGUGCACGUUUGGGCUCAGCACCAAGCGAGCGAACGACUCGGGACCUGGAACGGAACGCAUGCAGGCACUCGAAGCGCAGGUUCAAAGCUUGCAGGACAGUGUGGAAAUGUUACUGCAACACCACCGUGAGACCCCUCCACCACCCGCAGCCAGCCCACUCGCCAGUUGGCCGCUUUCGCCCGCCCUGGGACCGCAUCAGCCCAGCUCGCCGUCACCCGACGAGAACGACGAUGAUGAGGACCCUCUUGCAGCCGCCGCCAUGAUGGCCCCUCUACGGCACAUGCUAACGGCCGUGGAGACGGCGCGCCUACAGGCCGAUACGAAUUGUUCACCUCAGAAACGUCAUUCACAUAAACGCGCCAGGCUGGAUGACUCGGCGGGACAUCACCAGGCGCCAAGCACUCCAAGUCCUCUUACCGAGGAUCCUGUGGAACUGGGCCUGUUUUCAGAAGCAACUGGGCGGCGUUUGUUCGAUUUGUUCAUGGGCAACUCUCUGCAAUACGUCCCAUCAUUUGACGCGACCUCGGAUACAUUUGACGAUCUCCGCCGCCGCUCUCCGUUUGCUGUCAGCGUCAUAGUGAUGGUGGGCGCCAAGAUUGAGAAUGCCAGCCGCGAGCCCACUGCGGCCCUCAAGCGGCUGUGCGCUCAUGCCGAAACGACAGCCAAGAGUACUCUGUUCACGCCGGUGUCUAAGAUCGAGGUGGUCCAGUCUAUGAUCGUCCUGGCGUGUUGGGGAGACACGGCAUGGCGUCCAGGAUGCCAUGCAUUGUCCUUGGCAACCGAGAUGGGUCUGCACCGCUGUAUUGACUUUUUGGCCCAGCGCGGUAUGGGACGUGGCAAGACCCCCGCCGAGGUGGAGGAGGAGCGAUGCCUGGUGGUGGGAGCAAGAGUGUGGCUUUCGAUUUGCAAGAUCAUUCUAGAAAUGUCAUUCAACUUUGGCCGCAGCCUAAUGUUCAGGGUCGAGGAAACCUUGGUACACGCUCGAGCUCUCCUCGAACACCCACUCACUAUUCCGACCGAUCGCCGGCUAGUGACCGCGUGCGAGUUUCUCCUGUGCCGGCUACCGCUCCAAGGGCUUGGACGACCAGGAAUCAUCGACGCUCACGGGGUGGUCCAGAACAUUACCUCGCAGGUCGAUCACCUCGAGGCGUUCUGGCAUGACGAGAUGGGCAACCGUGGCUACAGCUUGACGCACCCGAUGCGUGUGAUGGUGUCCAUCCAAGCGGCAUACGCAGUGCUAUUCACGAACGCGUGCAUGCUUCAAGGUGUUCGAGGACGCGAGGAUGUGCUGCUCUUAUCCCCGGACCGAAAAGAAUGCUUGCACGUUGCGCUCCACGCCGCAGUCAAGGUGGUACAUGCAGUUGUCCAUGCCGACCGACAGGACUUGAAGUUUGGCAACACCGAUGCUCACAUCGCCAUUGCAUUUGCUGCACGGUUCCUCAUCCGCCUCGUCAGCCUUCUUCCCGAGGAGGUAGACCUGCGUCAAGCCGGCUCCGACGUUACACUUCUUUGCAACCUCCUCGCGUAUUGUCCCGGGUUCCAGUUCUCCCAACAGCUACGGUCCAUCUUGCGCCGAUCCCGCCGAAAGGGCUUUCUACCGGACAGUGCGGCGCCUUCACCACCUCGGAUGGUAGACAACCUGCUCUCCACGACCAGCACGGGUACAGCCAAUGAAUCACCGACUGGAUGGGACGGCAUCCUCAACUUUGCCAUGUUCGAUCAGCUGGCGGCGCAGGACGCACCGCUCCUCCCGGCCGACGCGAGUGGUGGUGCCCCGCCGCUGUUUUCCGUAGAAGGCAUGCCCCAGCAGUUUGAGGGUAUGCUCUCUGAACUCUGGAACCAGCAGUUGGCGUCCUCGUUUGGCUUGUUUGGCUUGCUUGAGCCGCAGCCGUAG